AUGGCCCCAGCAAAUACGCUCCCCGCAUGGGCCGAGCUGCAGGCUCACCACGACAAGGUCGGCAAGUCGUUCGUGCUCAAGGACGCCUUCAAGGCCGAUCAGAACCGCUUCCAAAACUUUUCGACCAAUGUCACCCUGCCUGCCGAUAUCUCGACCGAGCCCAAUGGCACCGAGAUCCUGUUCGACUUCAGCAAGAACCUCGUCACCGAGGAAACCCUGAGCCUGCUCGUCAAGCUCGCCGAGGAAGCCGGCGUCGAGAAGAAGCGCGACGCCAUGUUCGCCGGCGAGAAGAUCAACUUCACCGAGAACCGCGCCGUCUACCAUGCCGCCCUGCGCAAUGUCAGCAAUCUCGAGAUGAAGGUCGACGGUGUUGAUGUCAUGAACACCCAGGGCGGCGUCAACGACGUCCUCAACCACAUGCGCGAGUUCUCGGAGCAAGUCCGCAGCGGUGAGUGGACGGGCUACACGGGCAAGAAGCUCACCACCAUCAUCAACGUUGGCAUUGGCGGGUCUGAUCUCGGGCCGGUCAUGGUUACCGAGGCCCUCAAGCACUACGGCGCCAAGGACAUGACGCUGCACUUUGUGUCCAACAUCGACGGCACCCACAUCGCCGAGGCUCUCGCCAACUCGGAUCCUGAGACGACCCUCUUCCUGAUCGCCUCCAAGACCUUCACCACGGCCGAGACCACCACCAACGCGAACACGGCCAAGACGUGGUUCCUUGAGAAGACGGGCGGCAAGGGCGAUAUCGCCAAGCACUUCGUUGCCCUCUCCACCAACGAGACCGAGGUGACCAAGUUCGGCAUCGACGCCAAGAACAUGUUUGGCUUCGAGAGCUGGGUCGGCGGCCGCUACUCGGUCUGGAGCGCCAUCGGCCUCAGCGUCGCUCUCUACAUCGGCUACGACAACUUCCGCAAGUUCCUGGCCGGCGCCCACGCCAUGGACAACCACUUCCGGAGCGCCCCUCUCCGCCAGAACGUCCCGGUCCUCGCCGGUCUGCUGUCCGUCUGGUACUCCAACUUCUUCAACGCCCAGACCCACCUCGUUGCCCCCUUCGACCAGUACCUGCACCGCUUCCCAGCAUACCUCCAGCAGCUCUCGAUGGAGUCCAACGGCAAGACCAUCACCUCGGACGGCUCCCCGGCCAAGUACACGACGGGCCCGAUCCUCUUCGGCGAGCCCUGCACCAACGCCCAGCACUCCUUCUUCCAGCUCGUCCACCAGGGCACCAAGCUCAUCCCGGCCGACUUCAUCCUCGCCGCCAAGUCGCACAACCCCGUCUCGGACAACCUGCACCAAAAGAUGCUCGCCUCCAACUACCUGGCCCAGGCCGAGGCCCUCAUGGUCGGCAAGACGGCCGACGAGGUCCGCGCCGAGGGCAACGUGCCUGACAACCUUGUCCCGCACAAGGUCUUCCUCGGCAACAGGCCGACGACCAGCAUUCUUGUGGGCGGCGCCAUCGGCCCGGCCGAGUUGGGCGCUCUGAUUGUCUACUACGAGCACCUCACCUUCACCGAAGGCGCCGUGUGGGACAUCAACUCGUUUGACCAGUGGGGCGUCGAGCUCGGCAAGGUGCUGGCCAAGAAGAUCCUCAAGGAGAUUGAUGAGCCCGGUGCCGGGCAAGGCCACGAUGCCUCGACCGGCGGGUUGUUGGGUGCUUUCAAGGCGUAUGCUAACCUCUAA